GCCAUUUAGCUAGUUAUAUAAUAAAGUUUAAUGAUUCCUAUAAAAAAGUUAAUGAUAGGCAAUUAUGUAUUAAAAUCGUUGGUGAAUCUAGAGCUACAACAAGUUCGGAUGGAAUCGAUUUUUAUAUAAACCAUCCCCGAACCAUGGUUUUAAAAUCGCAACCAUCCACGUAAUCAAAAUCUUGCGGGGAUGCAAUGUGGCAUUACCAAAACCAAUCAUGCGAUUCGAGGAAAACCCACUCGCAACAUCUCUGAAGAGUCAUGCGUAGGUUUUUUUAUACAAUCUAAAUUUUUUCUUCAAAUGUCAAUGUUUCUUUGUCACAUUGUCUAGAACAUAGUUAUAACAUAUAUUCAGGUGAGUUCUGUACGAAUACUUGAAAUAUCAUCAAAGCCGCACCAAACCCAUUAUCCAUUUUGUCACAUUAACUAAAUUUCCUAUUUUGAGAUUUUAUCGACCCCAAUCCCCAAUAGAUUUUUUAAAACAUUGAAAAAUACCCGACUUUCUCAAUAUUGCGGUCUGCGGAUGCAAAAUUUGAUUCCCCCAAAAUAAACCUAAAAGAGGUGAAGUCCCAUGUCAUUUCAUCCAGGCCCCGAGUGCCUUCUCUCCAUUCAUGAAGAAGCAACCAUCAUCGGUCAGUUCUUCACCAAUACCUUUUCCUUUCUCUGGUAAGCUUCUCAAGUCUUUCAUAUAGUACAGCAAGUUCGCAACGCCCUAGCUCUGUCCGCUGCGCCCUCCCUCCUGGUACAUACGAUGGGCGCCGCUAGUCAGAUUAGUAGAGUUUCAAAUCGGCUUAGGGUUAUACAGUUGAGUUCUCCGGCCGCCAUAAGUUCAUUACUUGGUAUCAGAAGCUUCACUUCUCAGAUUGCAACUCAGGAAGGGAAGGAUGGGCCUUCCUUCAUAGUCUCUUAUCUAAUGAGCUCACAUGGGUUCUCAGUAGAUAGCGCCAAAGCUAUAUCUAGGUUUAUGAACUUCCGGACCGCCGAGAAACCAGAUUCAUUUGCCAAUCUGCUGAGGAGCCAUGGAUUCUCCGGUACCCAAAUCGCCAAAUGCAUCAAGCGGUGCCCUGGUGUACUAGGGCUGGAUCCCGAGAGAAUACUUGGUCCCAAGCUCGACUUCCUUCGUUCCAUUGGGAUUUCGGAGGCCGAGCUUGCGGAGGUGGUCUCUACCAAUCCCCAAUUUUUGAUUAUGAGCUUAGAGAAUCGCCUGAUUCCUCGGUAUAAUUUGCUCAAGGAUGUCCUGGUUGAUGACCUAAGAGUGGUGGAUGUCUUGAAGCGCUCUCACAAGUCCUUUUUUUUCAAUACUGAUACCAAUGUGGUUCCCAACAUAGCACUUCUCAGGAAGCUUGGGGUUGGUGAGAAUUACAUAACUUACUUGCUGUCGACUUUCCCUAAUGUGGCUUUCCAGCCUCACUCUGAUUUUGCCAAAAGUGUUGAGCUUGCCAAGCAGUUCGGGUUUGAUCCAUGGAAGGCAAACUUUGUGGUUGCUGUUAGGGUGUUUUCUAGUGUGAAGAAAUCGGCCUGGGAGAAGAAAUUAGAGACGUAUGGGAGAUGGGGGUGGUCGAAGGAUUUGACUUUGUUGGCUUUCAAGAGAUAUCCACAAUGCAUGUGUUCUUCGGAGAAGAAGAUCAUGCAGACGAUGGACUUUAUUGUGAACAAACUGGGUUGGGAAUCAGAGGCACCUGCUAGGUCGCCAGCUAUCUUUGCUUUAAGCUUCGAGAAGAGGAUUGUUCCUAGAUGUUCGGUUGUGCAACUCUUGCGGCUGAGAGGGCUGAUAGAUGAUAUUCCUUGGUUGGCUGGUUUCUUGUACCCUGGAGAGGACCGGUUUAAGAAGAAAUUUGUGGCUAAAUAUCCCGAUGAUAUUAAGGCUGAAUUGUUGGAUGUGUACGAAGGACGAGUGAUUGUCGUUGAUUUUCGAACUAUGGCUGUUGAAGAUGCCAAAGCAAGAUCCUAGUUCUUUCUUGUUAAGCAUGGUUUUGAUUUUCACAGAUUCUUGAGAACAACAUAUAUUGCAGCAGCUUUAUUGAAACAAACAUUCAUGUAACUUAUUCACCGUUAGGUUGACCAUCAUUGAAGGUCUCAGCAUAAGAAAAUGCGGGCAAUAUGUGGCUUUUGCAUCUAUGCCUUGAACAUGAUGUUGUGGAGCUGAGUUCCUGAUUCUGCAUUUUCCCUCCUCUACAUAUGCAAAUGUUUCAAUGAAGUUUCAUUAAUGUUAUAUUUAGCUUCAUUCUUGCCAUUUUUUGGUGUGCUCUUCUCUUAUGUAGUUGUCAUUGCUUGUCUUAGCUUGUGAUUUAUCCUUUGCUUUCUUUUUCAAGUAAAUGCAUGAACGGUGGUGCAUCCACAUCCGCAAUUCUUAGUAUCCAAUUUUGAGGGUUCUGCUGAAUCAUUCAUUCCUCCUAAAAUGCUCUCAUGUUGAGGUUUUGAAGCUGUAAUCGACAGAGUUCGGAGGAUUGAGCUAUACACGAUGGAUUGGUGAUUCAGAGAGUGUUUCCGCAGUGAGUAAAGUUUGUCAAUGGAGGAAGAGAUUGGUUGAACAUAGGGUUUUGGCUGAGGGCUUACUUGGAGUUCGAUGCUCUGCCAUUGCUGGAUGUGUCACUGUUAGUUCCCAAGAUGAUCUGGUUUAUAGUGAUUUUGCAGAAAAGGGGAUCGAUGUUUCUGUUUCACAGAUAAUAGCAUCCUGCAGUAAAUAUGAAAACAUAGAUAUAGAGUGACUGUUCAUUUGUUAUGUUCUGGCACCUAGGAUCGCUGUGUUUAGAAAUUGAACCAGGGAGAUUGGCCUUUAGUUGGUUGUCUUUGUCUAUGAUCGAUGAAGCAACAUCUCCCCCACUGUGGUCUUCGUCGUUGAGAUCUAGCAGAAUAUGCAAAAAGUCCUUAUUACUAGGAAAAAAUCUAAAAGUACCACUGUUUAAAAAAAAAAUUUCAAAAAUACCACCCAACCCCAAAAAUUUCCAAAAAUACCACCCUUUUUCAAAAACCGCCACCCCAUCCUGCGGUUUACACGAAAACCGUUUGUCGGAGGUGCGGUUUUCUAUGCAAACCGCGGGCCUAGGGAGCGGUUAUAAAAAAAAAAAAAAAUUUGACCAAACCGCUGGGUGGGGUGGCGGUUUGACCCAAAACCGCUACCCCACCCAGUGGUUUGGUCAAAUUUUUUUUUUUUUCGAUCAACUCCUAACUUCGGCCGAAACUUUAAACGAACGUAAAUUUUCACUCGGGUAUCCGAUCGUAGCGAUUGUUUUUUUCAUUUCGCAUAACUUUUCAAGAUCUACAACUUUUACUAGGAUGAAAUUUUCAAAAAUGGAACUAUUUGUGGAUAUACGGGACCUUGGGAAUAACUUUACCUUUACUUUUCACAAAUCCAUGUAUAUUUUGAAAUUAUGAUUAUAUUAAAAGUUGUAGAUCUUGAAAAGUUAUGUGGAAUAAAAAAAAAAUUCAUGAAAUUCGGAUUUUGGAGCACAAAGUUAUGGCCGCCCAAAGUUUGACGAAAUCAAAAAAAGGCUCGUUCGGGGUGGCAAAUGACGUUUUUUCGAGACGAAGGCGGGACCCGACGGUUUGCGGCUUGCAAGAUCUCAAAAAUUUAUUCGGAUUCAAAAAAUGGAGGCCGCAAACUUUUUGAGAUCUUGCAAGCCGCAUACUGCCGGGUCUCGCAUUUCGUCAAACUUUGGGGCCUCCAUUUUUUGAAUCCGAAUAACUUUUUGAGAUCUUG